UCCCCUCCUCCCAUUCGUAAAUUCGGAGAACAAGUCACCCGCAGGUCAACCGUGCACGCACGCCGUCCGGCACCAAUCCGGAGUGCACGGCAAGCCAAUUUAUCCCUUUACGCGGUCGAACAGGAACGUAAAACCGGCCGUGUCGAUCUGAGAGAGAGAGAGAGAGAGAGAGAGAGAGAGAGAGAGAGAAAGAGUGAGAGAGGGUGGAACCGAAUUAAUUCCAGUUUCUUUCCCAUUGAUCCCUCAAUUAAUCCCCGUGCUCGUCACUCUCCUCGUCGUCACCUGUUGGGUUUGAUUUGAUAUCUGUGGUCCCUCGCAGAUCUCUUGAUGGGAACCCCGGAAUUCCCUGACCUCGGUAAGCACUGCAGCGUCGAUGAUUGCCGGCAGAUCGAUUUCUUGCCCUUCACCUGCGACCGCUGCAAUCAGGUGUUUUGUCUGCAACAUAGGAGUUAUAUCAGUCAUCAAUGCCUUAAUGCCAGUCAAAAAGAUGUGACAGUUUUAAUAUGCCCACUAUGUGCUAUGGGAGUUCGUCUAGUCUGGGAUGAAGACCCAAACAUAACUUGGGAGUUGCACGUUAAUACUGACUGCGACCCUUCAAACUACCAAAGAGCAACCAAGAAAAGACGCUGUCCUGUCCCUGGAUGCAAAGAAAUACUGAAUUUGUCUAACUCAAUUAGAUGCAGCGACUGUACUCAAGAACACUGCUUGAAGCACAGAUUUGGACCUGAUCACAAAUGUCCUGGGCCAAAGAAACUGAAUUCUAGCUUCCCAUUCAUUGGUCUUUUGAAUAGGAGCCAAAAAGGGAAGUCAUUGCAAAGUAGCAGUUCAAGUAGUUCCUCAUGGUGGGGUGCAAGCUUAAUGAAUGCAGUAUCCAAUGUUCGUGCCUCAGCUGAAUCAGGCAUGUUGAAGUUUAGUGAUGCAGCUACACAAGCUUUACAGAAGGCAAAAAAUGGAAUUGCAGAAAGCAGUAAUAGUGGCGAAUUAAUGGAACACAGUGAGCAUGCUGAGAGAUCUCAUCAGCGAAGUUCUCAACCAGCUGGCAAUAGAGUGACAAUUGAUGUUUGCCCAAAAUGUAGCAAAGGAUUUAGAGAUCCAGUGGCACUGGUGGAGCAUGUUGAAAAAGACCAUGGAGGUACUUCACUUACAUAGUACCAAUCUAUUUAACAUACUCCCACCUCCUUUAGUUAAAUAUGCUUGCUUCUAACACCUGAUUGCCGUGUUACUCAAUGUGGUACAUGUGUUCUAGUGCCUGAUCAUUCUCUUUUUUGAAUGCUUUUGAACAAGGUUUGAAAUCUUGAUUGCACCUGUGUGGACCAAUAUUUACAGGUCAAACCAAGUACCAGUAUCAAAAAAUAUUGCUUGAUAUUGGUACAAAUAUAAUUCUUUUUCAUUUCUUUA